AUGAAUCUCCCGGAACAAAACCCAGCGGCCAACAUCGACAUGGCAUUCCAAGCGGCGAUCUCGUUAAAAAUUCCACCAUUCUGGACCCACGACCCGACAUUGUGGUUUCACCAUAUAGAGGCACAGUUUGCCUCUCACAGAAUAUCGAGCGAUGCGGCUCGACUUUCUCACGUUAUCAGUUCUCUGUCACCAGAAAUAACGAACGUGAUACGCGACCUUAUCAUGGCACCACCCGGUUCUGUUUCAUAUGAAGUUUUUAAAACCACGUUAAUAAACAGAACCUCAGAAUCCCAACAAAAAAGACUUCACCAGCUUCUGAUAUCGGAAGAAUUGGGUGACAAAACGCCGUCCCAGCUUCUUCGGAGAAUGAAACAGCUUCUCGGAGAUGAGACGCUCCCAGAAAAAAUCUUCAAGCAACUUUUUCUCCAGCGUCUGCCCUCCAAUACCCAGGUUGUUCUCGCGUCCACCAGAGAAAACACAUCCCUUGAAGAACUGGCGGAGCUAGCUGACAAAAUAGCCGAAGUACCGCACAGAUAUCCAACGGUAUCGACGGUGACGCCAGCCGCUCCCAGUACCAAUCCUUUCCGUGCACAAACCAGUUCUUCAGAGAUUUCGGAUUUGCGUGCAUUAAUGACGCAGCAAGCUGCGCAAAUACAAAUUCUCACAGCCCAAAUACAAGCCCUAAAGUUUAGUCCUCAGCGUCGAAGCACCAGCCGAUCUCGACGAGAUGGCAGACGGUCUCGAAGCCCCAGUGCUACCCGAAACUCACAUGACACGUGUUGGUACCACCGAACAUUCGGAACACGGGCACAAAAAUGUACGGUACCGUGCUCGUUUUCCUCACCCAGUUCGGGAAACGGCACAGCCAGGAAUUGA